AAUUUUGAGAGCUGAGCUCCCGCCGUGCAACGGCAGUGCACAGACACUGUUCAGUGUUCAUAACAUCCUCGUUAUGUAUUUCUAAGGCGCGAGAAUUUAACGAUAUCACAAUAUUCUCGUGAGUUAAAAACAUAACUUAGGAAUGAAGAGAGAACUAGAAGAGUUCUUCUAAAGCAACUGUGCAGUUCUCGUUUCGUCUCGUCUCGUAUCGUAGAGAGAGAGAGAGAAAAGCAACUAUUCGUUAAUCGUUACUUCGUUCAAAUCAGGCAUAGAGAGACUGGGGAGACAACACCCGUUCCGAUCCAUAUGUUCUGCUUCUGCAAAUCGAAAUAAAAAAAAGAAAAACAUCUACUGAGAGGGACUGCCGUCAAUGAAACACCUUAGAAACCCUAGAAAUGUAUAUUUUUCAUUGGAUUUGAAUGGAAACCCUAAGAGACUCCGGACCAGCACCUUCCACCAACAAUGGCGGUUUUCUGAUAUCUUGCCGACGUUACGAUUUCGCGCUCUCAUCUGCUGGAGGCUGACCAGGCCAGUCAGAUGAUCCUCCCCUGAUCAGUCGCCAUUAACGGCGUUGGUAUCUGUUUCGAUUCUAAUAGUUUAUUUUUUCUUAAAUUAUUUUUUAUAUAUUUUUGUUUUUGUUUGGAGAGGAGAGGGGGGUGGGAGAAAGAGAGAGAGAAGAGUGAUAGGGAGAGUGGGAUGGGGAUUUCGGAAGGAUCGGGUGGGGUUGAUUGCAGCGUUGGCACCAUCGUUUGGGUUCGUCGGAGGAAUGGGUCUUGGUGGCCGGGUAGAAUACUCGGCGAGAAUGAGCUCUCAGCUUCUCAUCUGAUGUCUCCCAGAUCAGGAACGCCGGUCAAGCUUCUUGGAAGGGAGGAUGCCAGUGUGGAUUGGUACAAUUUAGAGAAAUCCAAGCGUGUAAAGGCAUUUCGCUGUGGGGAGUUUGAUGAUUGUAUUGAAAGGGCUGAAUCCGCACAGGGCAUUCCUAUAAAAAAAAGAGAAAAGUAUGCACGCCGAGAAGAUGCCAUUCUUCAUGCCCUUGAACUUGAGAAGCAGCUGUUGGAGAAGAGACAGCAGAAAUUAGGUGUUGCUUCUCCAAUCAGAAAAAUACCCGGUGCUCCAAAAAAAGAGGCUGCAGAAAACUUGGGAAGUGAUCAUGCAAAACCUGGAGUUCUCAAAAUACAGGAUGAGAGCAUAGGCCACCCUUCUUUUGUGCAAAAGGUCAGGCAGGGGAAACAACCAAACUGGGAAGAUGAUAAUUCUGAAGCCAUCCCUCGCAUGAGAGGGUUGCAGGACUUUGGGCUCAGAAUUGUCCCAUCAAAGAGAAAGCAUUCAAUUUCUGAGGGUCCUUGUAAAAUUACUUCAGUCAAUCAUCAGGAUAAUGGUCUUCCUAGUAGUAGUCAUAGUAUGGGGGGUUUUAAUUAUAUCAGUAACAUUAAGAAUUCUUUGGCCAUUAAAAGGAAAAGGUCCCAAGGAGGCCUGACUGAAGAAUCCAUUGUAAAGAGACGUGAUAGACGCCGGCCUCUUGUUCAAGUAUUACAGAGUAGUGUAAAAUUACAAGUGCCUCAUGCUUUACAGUCUGAUGGUACUACUGGUCCUGUUUCUGUGCAAGGAGAAAAGGAGCAGACAGGACUUACUUGUGGGGCAAAGAGGAGCAGGUAUGUUUAUGUGCCAGGUGACUCAAAUGAAUGUUUUGAUCAUAUAGAUUUUAUCCCAGACCAGAUACAUACAUCACCCACCCUGUUUGGAAUGGAUAACUGCCAAAUACACCCUGGUUCCUUGACAGAAGAAAAUGAUUCUUUAGGGUCGAUGGAUGAUGAUGAUGAUGAUGAUGAUGAGUGGGAUUAUCUGAAUCCAGGCAUGGAUGAUGGGACUACUGUUCUUGCAGAUGCUACUCAGACACUGAUGGCUGAACCUCGAAACUCUGGUAGAUAUGUUUCAUCUGGUGGUUAUCAUGUUCAAGGACAUCAGGGAAGCAUGAGCAGUGAGGAGCCCAGUGAGACAGCACUCAACGGUCACAUGCCUCACUUUCAAUCCCAUGAUUAUGGUGCAGUUGCUGCUGAUGUGGGGGUAUCCAAAUGGCAAUCGAAAGGAAAACGGAAUCUUCGCAACUUAUCCAAGAAGCCCAUGGAGGUUAUGGAUGGAAAGAGUCACUAUGGAUCCAUUCAGGAAACAUACAUUGAACGGAAGGGAACAAACUUCAACCAGAAGGCAUUAGACCAGGGGCUUUACCAUAGAAAUGAGGAGUUAGAUUAUAUCUCUGAUGAGGAUGAUUUAAUUGAGGACUCUCUGCGAUCACAAAUGGUUGGAUUUGAUCGCAGAAAAUACCCAUUAACCUUAAAAUCAGCUUCCAAAGAACCUGGCAGAAUCAAUACAGACAUAGCAGAUUCAGAGGAAGACUUGAUUUGGAGGGCCAGUGGGUUAUCUCACUCCACCCUUAGAGGGUAUUGGGAAGAACCAGAUGAGUGCCUUGAUCCAUUGUAUGCUGGUCAUCGUCUUCACAAUGGUAUGGACUUGGUUGAUGUGGAUUUGAAGGUUCAAACACAGACAAGCUAUCAAGGGGAGCAUGUACCUUUGGUAUCUUUAAUGAGCAAAUUGAAUGGGAAAGCAAUUAUAGGGCAUCCUAUCCAAAUUGAAGUGUUAGAGAAUGGAUCCUCUGAUCUUCUGCCUACAAAUGAUGAUUUUGGUGAGGAACUGUUUGGUAAUGAUGGAAAUACAGCACUUCCACCAGUGUGGAGAACAGCCAGAAGAACAGCCAUGCAUCGUGUCCCACGCCCUAAGCUUUCAGCAGCAUUAGUGGAUGAUGAAGCAGGCAAUGAAGCCGCUGCCCUUGGUCCACCUUUAGAUCAUGGAAACAAGUCAUUGUACAAGAAACCAUAUUUAGGUUAUUUAAGUCACAAGGCAAGGUUGGUGAAAAAGAGCUGCUCUCAGAUUCGCCGGCCUCCUCCAAUAACAGAAAAGAAGUCCCCAAAGAAGCUAUUGAAGAAAGUGAGCUUGUCUAGCCAGAAAAUAAGAACCCUGUCUUCAAUUCCCAUUGAGCAGAAACACCAUAGCAAGGGUUUGAACCUAAAAUUUGCAAGCAAAAAUAACCUGGAUGGGCUGAUCAACCCAGAAGAGACUGGACCCACGACGGUUACUUGCAUCCCUGUGAAACUAGUAUUCAGUAGGUUACUGGAAGCAGUUGGUAGGCCUCCAUCCAGAGCAGCAAAUUAUGGGGUUCUGAUGAACGGCAAUCCAGAAAGGAAACCACUAUAGUAUCCAUUUUAGAUUGUUACAUGGGGGAUCAAUAAUGUUGUACCACCGAAUCCCCAGGCUUCAACUCAAUUUGUACAUUAAAAGCAUUCAUCAAUUCAGGGCAAAUUUCCAAUGUCUCCUGAUCUGUUAGUCUGCUUUUCAGGUAUCAAUAGAGAGUCUUCCAUUGAAAUGCCAGCAAAGUUCAUCGAUCGAAGUACUGUAAGUGCUUCAGUCCUAAUAAUUCUCCCAUGUCCCAUCUACCACCUCCUUUCACCCCCCCACCUUCGAGAAGGGGCCCUGGACCAUUGGACUAGCUUAGUCAUGUAGCAUUCAUCUGAUCAAAAUACACAAUACACUAAAUUCCGUGUUACUCUUUCCUUUAAUUCGACUGUAUAUUCAGGUAGGGAUGGGCCAAGAUUUGUGAUGUA